UUCUACAACGAACACUUUGAAUUCCUUCGAUUCAUCAUAUACAAUCACACCAACUGCCACUUCGAUUUCGCCAACGAGCAAUUCGAAUUCCAUUGUAACAUCUUAUACAACAACGCCAGCCGCAACUUCAAUUUCCUCAUCGAACACUUCAAAUUCCUUUGUAACAUCUUAUACAACCACGCCAGUCGCCACUUCAAUUUCCUCAACGAACACUUCAAAUUCCUUUGUUACUUCUCAUUCAGCCAUGCCAGCCGCUACUUCGAUUUACCAAACGAACACUUCCAAUUCCUUUGUUACAUCUUAUUCAACCACGCCAGCCGCCACUUUGAUUUCUACAUCGAACACUUUGAAUUCCUUCGAUUCAUCAUAUACAAUCACACCAACUGCAACUUCGAUUUCGCCAACGAACAAUUCGAAUUUCAUUGUAACAUCUUAUACAACAACGCCAGCCGCAACUUCAAUUUCCUCAUCGAACACUUCAAAUUCCUUUGUAACAUCUUAUUCAAAUACGUCAGUUGUCACUUCAAUUUCCCAAACGAACACUUUGAAUUCCUUCGGUUCAUCUUAUACAACCACGCCGGCCGCCACUUCGAUUUCCCCAACGAACACUUCAAAUUCCUUUAUUGCUUCUGAUACAACCACGCCAUUCGCCACUUCGAUUUCCCAAACGAACAUUUCGAAUUCCUUUGUUUCAUCUUAUAAAACCACGCCAGCCGCCACCUCGAUUUCCUCAACGAACACUUCGAAUUCCUUUGUUUCAUUGUACACAGCCACUUCAGUUUUAAAUUGGACGUCUACCAUUAAUAUUUUCCCGCAAGUGAAUAGUUCCUAUACGACCCCUAGUACAAUAUCGCCUACCAUUAAUAUUUCUCACACUUCUUAUACGGCCCCUAGUACAACAUCUCCUACCAUUAAUAUUUUUCACACUUCUUAUACGGCCCCUAGUACAACUUCACCUACCAUAAAUAUUCCUCACACUUCUUAUACGGCCCCUAGUAUAACAUCUCCUACCAUUAAUAUUUCUCACACUUCUUAUACGGCCCCUAGUACAACAUCGCCUACCAUUAAUAUUACUCAUAGUUCUUAUACGGCCCCUAGUACAACAUCGCCUACCAUUAAUAGUUCUCACACUUCUUAUACGGCCCCCAGUACAACAUCGCCUACCAUUAAUAGUUCUAACAGUUCUGAUACGGCCCCUAGUACAACAUCGCCUACCAUUAAUAUUUUUCAAAGUUCUUAUACGGCCCCUAGUACAACAUCGCCUACCAUUAAUAUUUCUAACAGUUUUUAUACGACCCCUGGUACAACCGCGUCUGAUGUACAUUUUACUCCGUCUAUAGACACUCAUUCCAUUCAUUCGUCUGAAAGUUUCGUCUCCACUUUAACAUCACCAUUAUCAUUUACACCAACCACAACAACACCUACACAAUCAACAACAAUAUCAUUAUCAUCAACAACGCCAACCACAACACUAUAUUCUUCAACACUUUCAACAACAACACCGACACCAACAUCAACCCAAUUGUCAUCAACAUCAACCAUAUUGACGCCAUUGUCAUCAACACCAACCGCAACAACACCGAUACCAUCAUCAACAACACCAUUUCACAAUACACGGAACAUCGUUAUCAACAACAGGUGUGCCUUCAACGAUUAAUACGACAUCAAUUCAUGUACAGAUUUACAAACCAUUGAAUAUCGUAUCAUCAUAUGACCCAUGCUGCCGUUUGCUGGUCCGCCAUGAGAACCCUACCAAUGCAACCCAGUUACAUGACGUAAUAUGACGUCAUCAGCUAUUCAGUGUGCCAGGCAUUGUGUUAAUAUUCAACCUUGUAUUGAAAUCCAAUACAACGAGUUAACAGGAAUGUGCGCCAUUUUUGUUUGAAAAUAAAGCCUUGAUUCUGAUAUUAAUACUUAAAAGGAGACAUUGUGUUUACAUUUGGUGCCAAAUGUUUAUAAACACUAUAAUCAAUAUUGAACAUACGGAAAUUCGACGGCGAAUUCACACACUCGUCCAUAUCAGAGCAAGGUCAAGGUUGUUCGAUUAAUUUCAAUGGGAAUGACGCAUGUUACCACUGGUGAAUAUCUAAGAACUUUCGUCAAAGUUAAAACGAACACAAAUCAUUGUAAUUGUAUUAUUGAUGUUUACAACUUUGCAGAUAUUACAAACACCUUGUACGUACACCCAAUAUGGUUCUAAAAGGAACAAAAUCAUUUAAAGGGUUCAUUUCAUAUAUUCAUAUAUAUCAUAUCAGCACAGACAUUAUUAUAUCUUUAUAGUAAUUCUUAAUAUCUGAAUAUAAAUAUUAAUAAUCUGUAUAGAAAUACUGAAUAUCUGUAUAGUAAUACUGAAUAUCUGUAUAGUAAUACUGAAUAUCUACAUGUUGUUACCUUGAAUUUCGGUAAAGAAAUACCGUAGGUUUGUGUAUAUAGUGUAUAUCUGUAUAGUAAUAUUAAAUAUCUGUAUAGAAAUAUUGAACAUAUAUAUAGUAAUACUGAAUAUCUAUAUAGCUAUAUUAAAUUUUGGUAUAUAAAUACCGUAGGUACUGAAUAUCGAUGUAGUAAUAAUCAAUAUUGUAGGUAUGUAUAGUGAUAGUAAAUAUCUGUAUAUUAAUACUAAAUAUCUGUAUAGUAAUAUUAAAUAUCUGUAUAGUAAUACUAAAUAUCUGUAUAGUAAUACUAAAUAUCUGUAUAGUAAUAUUAAAUAUCGAUAUAGUAAUAUUAAAUAUCUGUAUAGAAAUAUCGUUGGUAUGUAUAGAAACAUUGAAUAUCUGUAUGAUAAUAAGGUGGGUAUUUAUAGUUAUUCUGAAUAUUUGUAUAGCAACACUAAAUAUCUUAAUAGUAAUACUCAAUAUCGUUAUAGAAAUAUUGAAUAUCUGUUUAUUAGUACUGAACAUAUGUACAGUAAUAUUGAAUCUGUAUAGUAAUACUGAACAUCUGUAUAAUAAUACUGAAUCUCUGUAUAGUAAUACUGAACAUCUGUAUAGUAAUAUUGAAUCUCUGUUUAGAAAUAUUGAAUAUCUGAAUGUAAAUAAUCAAAUAACAAAUGUACAUUAUCAAGCACUGUUUGUGUAUAAUACAUAUAAUGAAUGUUUAAUGUAGAAAAAAAUUCUCAUCACAUUAGAGAUAUUAAAACAAAAAUCCAAUGCAAUUUUAACAGGUGCAUUUGUUUUUGAAGACUUCAUAAAAAUAAAACUACA